AUUUGUUUUCAGCCUUUCGUAUAUUCGAGUAUUCGACAUCGACGAUCGGCGUUCGUUAAUUUGUUUCAAUGCACGUUUAGAAACGUUAUUACUGAAUGAUGAAUAUUUAUGCCUGAUAUCCGCGUAAACAAUUAAACAGUACUUAUUACUAAUUUUUAAUAUUUUAAAAUUAUUUCUGUAUAUUCAUUACUGUUUUUGAUUUUUGUGCACUUUAAUAAAUACAGUACAUACAUAAAAUGUUACCUCUUUCAUUACUCAAAACUGCUCAGAAUCACCCGAUGCUGGUUGAAUUGAAAAAUGGUGAAACAUACAAUGGACAUUUAGUUACAUGCGAUAGUUGGAUGAAUAUCAAUUUACGAGAAGUUAUCUGCACAUCGAAAGACGGAGAUAGAUUUUGGAGACUCCCGGAAUGUUAUAUCAGAGGUAGUAUGAUUAAAUACUUAAGAAUACCAGAUGAAAUAUUUGAUAUGGUAAAAGAAGAUAUAGUUGUAAACAAAGCUCGUGGUCGAACAGAUAACCAGAAAAAUCGUGCUCCUAGAGGAGCUAGACAAGGUUUUGGAGGUAGAGGAGGCGGUGGUAACAACCGUGGUACUGGACCACAGCAACAGAGAGGUGGCCCAAAUAAGUUUAGAGGAAAAUAAAUUGUAUAUUUUAUAAGUUAUAUUUAUGCAAUAUUUGUGUAUAUUUAAAUUUAUAAAUGUAUAAUUGCAAUAACAUAUGUAACAAAAUUUCUCAUUUUUUUUAAAGUAAUUAAGAAAUUUUUACUUAACCACUAAAAAAAGAAAAUUAAAUUAAAAAAUACAAUCAUUAAAAUAAGUAUUGUAUUAGCAUUAAUAUGAUCUAUAAUAUUGUCAAAGUUGAAACUAUGAAAGAAUAAGGUAUUCAAAUUUAGGUAAACAUUUAAUCGAUAAAAAGGUGUAAAUUUAUUUUUAAAUGUAAUGUAAGUACUGAAGACUGGAUUAAAAUAGUAUAUCAGUGUUUUAAUUUUUUAAAUUUAUGCAUGCAAUAAAAAUGAAAAUAUAUUCAAU